CCACAGUUCAUGAUAUCACCCCGCCAUAAACACUUAACAGGGGGAUCCACUGUUUACAACAAAUCAAGGACAAUAUAAUGAUAAUGAGACAAUUUUAUCAUACUUGACACUGAAGCAUCUUCUUCUCUGUCUAUAUAUUGAAUUCUUCUUUGUCCCAGUCCUUAACUUAACAACCGGACAUGGAUUUCCCUUCUUCAUCUUCUUCUUCUUCUUCUUCUUCGGGAAGAGAGAGUUUCAGUUACAGAAGCAUGGUCUCGAAGCUGCUUGCAAGAGUGAUUUGUGUCACUCUUACUUGUGCCAUUACUAUUGUGGGAUCAAUGGCAGGUGCCAUAGCAGGUGCUCUGAUAGGCAUUGCCACCGAGAGUGGGUUUCUGAGAGGCUCUGGAAUCGGAGCCAUUUCUGGCGCCGUCUUCUCGAUUGAAGUGGUGGAGUCGUCUCUCGAUUUGUGGAACUCCAGCGAGUCAGGCAUCUGGAGCCUUCUCUAUCUGCUCGACAUAGUUUCCAGCAUUGUGAGUGGAAGACUGGUGAGGGAAAAGGUUGGUCCAGCAGUGCAGAGUGCAAUCCAGAGUCAGAUGAGUGCCCUCAAUUUGCCUUUCAUUGAGAGUCUUGAUUUGUUCGAGACUGGCGGCGCGAAGAGGCGCCUGCCAUUGGAAGAGGUGGAGAAGCUGCCCAAGUGCAAAACUACUGCAAAAGACAGUGUCGAUGCGUCAGGGGAGAGAAGAAGCUGCGCAGUGUGUCUUCAGGAGGUGGAAGUGGGCGACAUGGCGAGGAGAUUGCCCAUAUGUCAGCACAUGUUUCAUCUGCCAUGCAUUGAUAGUUGGCUCGUAAGGCAGGCCUCCUGUCCCUUGUGCAGAACUGAUAUUAUUUGAAGAUGAACAAUUUUCGAUCUCUCUUUUAGGUUCUUGUGAUCUUGAAAAAUUGAAGAAGUAGAAGAAGAAGAAGAAAUUGCUUGUGGAUGGCGAAAUGUAAUUAAGUGUGAAGCAGUAGUCUUGAAUUUGUUAAUAGAAUAAAUUAGAUAUUCUUGCU